UCUCUGGCCACUUCUUUUUCGGAACCAGAAAGUGCUGCAGAGGUUUGGCUUUGGUCUUCUAUGUGGGAGAGCAGAGCCUGGGAAAAGCACAACCUAAUGAAGCCGAUGACAAAACAUUUUUUUGUGGUCGCCUACUUUUCACUCCCUCCGGGACAUUUGAGAGUCCUUAUCCUUUGAAUUAUUCAGAGAGAGCAGAUUGUUUGUGGGAAAUACAAGUAGCAAAUAAUUUUCGCGUUAUGCUUACAUUCGAGAGUGUUCAGUUGCUAGGUGGAUGCCUGUAUGAUUAUAUUGAGAUCUAUGAUGGACCACCCAAUACUUCACCUCUACUUGGAAGAAUUUGUUCUACUUCUAAACUCACAUACAAGUCAUCCUCAAACUUCAUGACUGUCAGGUUUUACAGUGACUCCAAAUAUUCCAAUGGAAGGUUUUGGGCUCGUUAUCAGUCCUUUGCAGCAGACCAGAAUACCACCCUUGCGUGCUACCCAACCUCCAUGCGUGCAGUUGUGGACAGACACUAUCUCCAGUCACAGGGCUACUCAGUGAGAGGCAUCAGCUUGAGUGACCCCAACUGUAGACCAACAAUCACAUCAACGAUGGUUAUAUUCAACAUUCCAUACAACAGCUGUGGCACACAGAGACAGGGCGACAGUGAAACCAUCACCUACUCCAACGUGAUAAAAGCAUCUGCUCCUGGUGACCCCGUCAAAAGGCAGAAGGACCUUCACCUGCAUGUCAACUGCAAAAUGAUCCAGAACACCUGGGUGCAAGUGGUGUACACGGCCAAUGACAUCGCUGAUGUCAAUGAAACCCAGUAUAGCAGAUACGACGUGAACCUGGCAUUCUACAAUUCCUCAUCUUUCCUGUGGCCGGUGCAGAACUUCCCAUAUUACGUUGACCUGAAUCAGAAUUUGUUCCUCCAAGCAUCUCUUCACAGCUCUGACCAAAAUCUGAUAGUGUUUGUGGACUCCUGCGUGGCAUCGCCGGAUCCUAGUGAUUUUAGAACAAUGACCCAUGAAUUGAUCAGAAGCGGGUGUGUUAAGGACCCUACCUACUCUUUGCACUCCUCGCCGCGCGGCAGCGUUGCUCGGUUUUCGUUUAACGCUUUUUCCUUUGCCAAGCAAUACCCGUCAGUUUACCUGCAGUGCGAGCUGGUGGUGUGCAGGCAGAGAGACUACUCCUCCCGCUGCUAUCAGGGCUGUGUGAGUAGGCUCAAGAGGAAUUCAGGUUCUUCCCAGGAACGAGUGAAUGUUGUUAUUGGACCCGUGCAGCUUCGGGAAGCUCACGCAGAGAACAGGAACACUGCGUCCUACAUCCAGCUGGUGAACGGAAGGCACCGAUGUGAAGGUCGCGUUGAGAUCCGCUACAGAGGACGGUGGGGGACGGUUUGUGAUGAUUAUUGGGACCUUGCCGAUGCCCAGGUCGUGUGCAGGCAGCUGGGAUGUGGCCGGGCCAUUGCAGCUAUGGGAAGUGCAUACUUUGGGGAAGGCUCUGGCAGCAUCCUGCUGGACAACGUGAGGUGCAAUGGGAAUGAGAUGUCCCUGCUGCGUUGCAAUCACUCGGGGUGGAGGAUACACAACUGUGCCCACUACGAAGAUGCUGGUGUUGUCUGUUCAGAAGAGGCUGAUGCAGCACCAACAACCGCCGUGGCGACAGCAACGCCAACACUGGAGGCAGCAUUCGAGUUGCCUCUAGUUGUUGAAACUACAGCAUUCCCAGAAACAGCGGCAUCUCUGACGGAGAUGACAACCUCAGCAUCAACAGCCCUCCCAGAGAUGACGACAUCCCGAGGGGAGACAACCACAUCAACAUUAACAGCCAGCACAAUGGAGACAACGUCCCCAGAGCUGCUGACCAGCAUGGGACCAUUGACCACCAGUGCAGAGCUGUCAUUCUCAGAGAUGGCCAUGGCAGUGCUAAGGACAACCCUAGAGACGACAACCCUAGAGACAACAACUACCAAACCACUAACGACCUCCCCAGAAGAGAUGCCCCCUUCACCAGAGAUGACCACCGCAGUGACAUCGAGUUCCUCACCACCGAUGUUCAACCAACUUGAUACAAUCACCCCAGCAACAAGGGCCACCACAGCAGAGGAGAGCAGAGAAGAGAUGUCCACUGCACCGGAGACAACCACCUCAGCACCACCACCCACCACAGCUCUAACACCCUCCACAGCCCCACCAAGCUCGACAGCCCCACCAAGCUCCACAGCAGAGGCGUCCACCUCAGCAGAGGUGAUCACCACAGCGAGAAUAACUACCACAGCAGGUAACCUUGCCCACUCUCACUCACUGGUCUCCUUAGUUACCCUCAUCUCUUUUCCAAGAGUGACCCUCACCCACGGCCUGUGUCCCGUGUCAGGUUCCAACCUGCGUCUGCAGGGCGGCAGGAACGGCUGCGAGGGCCGCGUGGAGCUGUACGACGCCCUUCUGUGCCUGCCAGACUACAUGCACGCAGUGGUGAGCAGGGACUACCUCCAGUCCCAAGGCUACUCAGCCCAGAUGGUCACCCUGAACGACGAUCGCUGCAGACCAACAAUCACCCCACGGGAGGUUGUGUUCAACAUUCCCUACGACGGCUGCGGGACGACACGAGAGGAGAACAACGAUACAAUCAACUAUUCCAACGUGAUCAAAGUUGCAUCUUCCGGGUACAUAAUCAAGAGGCAAAAGAACAUCAACUUGCAUAUCAGUUGCAAAAUGCUGCAGAAGACGUGGAUGCAAGUGAUGUACACUGCUGAGGACACUGUAGACGUGAAUGAGUAUCAGUUUGGAAGAUAUGACAUGAACAUCACCUUUUACGAUUCCUCGGCAUUCUCGCGGCAAGUGCGCGACUCCCCGUACUUCAUCGACUUGAACCAGAAUUUGUACCUCCAAGCUUGUCUUCACAGCUCAGACCCAAAUCUGAAGGUGUUUGUGGACACGUGUGUGGCAUCGCCCGAUCCUCGUGACUUUCACACUCUGGCCUAUGACAUAGUCAGGGACGGGUGUCCCAGAGAUUCUUCCUAUGCCACAUUUUACUCCCCUUCCAGCCACUUUGCUCGGUUCAAAUUCAAUGCCUUUGAGUUCAUCAGCCGCCACCCCUCGGUGUACCUGAAGUGUGAGCUGAUGGUCUGCAGGCUCGGGGACUAUUCCUCCCACUGCUACCGGGGCUGCACCAGGAGGUCCAAGAGAGACACGAGUUCUGUCGAGGAAAAAGUGGACGUGGUUGUCGGGCCAAUUCGGCGCCAAGAAGGGGCUGCUCGGAGUGGGAGUACUACCAAAGCCAAAUAAAUUUCUCUCACAUUUGCUGUAAGGUGACUUCAGGCUCCAGGAAAAGCCAUACCUCUGCAUUUCUGCAAUCUGCUUUUGCCAACUUCUCUGUAAAAAGGAAGUUGUCAGCUCCUUGCAAACCCCCUAUUUUUAUCUGCAUAUUUAGAAUAUAUAACUCCUUUGGCUGUCCAAAAGGAGAGAUUGCCUAUAACCCAUUUUAGUGCUAUGACUCCUUGAAUUGAACUAAUUAGUUUCAAUCUGCUUGUGUAACGGCACUUGGGGACAUGGUUUAGUGAUGGACUUGUCUGUGUUAGUUUAAUGGUUGGACUCGGUGA